UUCAAGUGAGGUUGACAUGAUCUGUGUUAUUUCCCUAUUAUUUAUCUUUUUUGUAGUGCGACCUUGACUGUUCCACAAGUUUCCUGUGUUUGCUGCUUGACAUCUGUCAUAGUAGCCAUUGGGCCGGCUCAGAUGGCACAAGCAAAGGGAGGGUUACUUUCAUCCCUGUUUGUUUAAAAUGGGGGAUCCCUUGCAAAUGAUGAUGUAGCUCAAAAGUCUGAACGUUGAGGUGGAAGGUGACUGUGAUGUAAAAAGAGCAGCUGCCAGACCCCAUAAACAUGUAUGCUUUACAAAUGAGCUGUCCACAAGCAUAGAGGCAUGAGAGAGUGAAGAGUGAUUACUCCUUAACACGACUGGGGCUGCUUUAAAUUACUUCCCCCUCCACCCCAGUGCUCUGAAAUAGGAGGGGGGAAAUCAAACAAACAAUAAAGUAAGGAAUAGUUGAGUACUAGCUCAGUCACUCCUAAUUUUCCAACUUUAUCGUUGGAACAGACUUGUAAAAUGGAGCUGAAUAAAACCUCAGACUUCUGCACAGAGCUUGUUUCAAACCCCACACUGAGAAGAUGGUUGUUGUUUUUUAAGCUACCGAGUUCGUGUUCAUUUUGUAAAAUAAGGGAGAAAGCACAUAAGUAUAGUGAGAAUUUAUACUAACAGCUGAGCUUCCUUGUGGUCACUGGGGAGUUCUUGCUGAAGGUGAGCUCAAUGGAAAGUAGCAAAGGGGUUAAGCCAGGUGUCAGGUAGUACAUGUGGUGUUACUGAUGGAAGAUAUCCAAAUCCACCACCUCCCCAUCUGUUUUGGAUUAAGGCCAAAAAAACAACUGUGGCAAAACCACCUGCAAUGUUAGUUCUGUCUCCUUGUUAUGUUAGAGCUGUCAACAAGGGGUGUAAAAAGAGGCUGGGGAAACAGUUACUUUUCCCCUAGUAUGAAAAUAUUGUAUAAAAAAUGCUCUUUAUUGAGCCCAACUUCAGAUUAGAAAGUUGCAUUGCCUAGUGCCUUUGAAGCCCCAAUACAGCCAUGCUGCAGUAAAUGAUUAACUUUCUUAUAACCAAAGGGCCAUUACAGCCUGCAAUUUUUAACCUGUUAGAGACUAUUGUCUUAUGGAAAGCUGUUUGUCAACGUAAUUAAUUAGUAUUUGUAUAGAGCUUUGAAGAUAUAAAGAGCUAUAUAGAUGCGCUAAGUAUUCUUAUGCAAUGCUAUUGAAAUGUUAAAAUCCCCUCAUUAAAAGGUUUUGAAAUAUGCAUUUUUUGCUGUGUGCCCACACUUGGCAGGAGCUUUUAAAGAAGAUUUAACAGACUAGACAUGCAAAGGAAAUAGGUAGUAAUACAAUUAUGGUCACAAAGACAUUUGUGCUAAUAGAAAAGUCUCACUUUGAUUGGGGAGGAGAGUUUCUGGCAGUCAAGUAUAACACUGGGCUUUAUAAGAUUGCAAGCCUGUUUUUAAUACAUAUCUGACACAUCCUUGUGUUCUGAGUUAGUGUCACGUUAAAGGAUGCCUUUGUUUUUUUUAGAAUUAAGGAUGUUAAAUGGAACAAUCCCGUGAGAUCUCUGGAUUCCAUGCAGUUCAAGAAGUUCUGUGUAACUUGGUAAUAAGCAGCUUGGUAACUGUUAGCGUCCAUGGCCAGGCUUCAUUCACUAGAUGUUUUCUAAUGAUUCUUAAAUUGUGACUUUUUAUAUUUUAAUUGUCGACCUUUUUUGUAAGGCAUCUGGAAAAGAGGAGGCAGCAUCCUUCUGCUUGUCUUGCUUCCCAUGUCAGCUGUGUUUGGCUGUGUGGACUUUGGAUCGAGUUCUAUUCUUAUCGUUCAGUGACAUUUUCUGAUAAUAUCCUCUUCGUUUCAUAGGUUACUAAAACUGCUUACUAAGAAGCAGCCGUUCUCAUGUCAUGCCAAGUGACUGGAGCCGCUGUAUCAUCCCUCCUUCAGUACGAGUGGGUGAUUCUCAUAAACUGCACCUAUUUCCUUGCCAAAGGAAGUUUCUGAACUCUAGCUCUGGGAUGUCAUGAAUUGUAGCCUCACAUGUUUGUUGCUGAUAAAUAUACAAAUGCACUGGUUUGAAUCAUAGUGAGUCAUUCUUCCAGUAAUAAUCUUGUCGUGACGUCUGGUUACGUGCUCACCCACUUCAAACCUAAAUAGACCAGUGGUGAUUUCUAUCAAAAUAGAGAGGCAUCCAGGUUGUUGUAUCUAGGGCUUUCUAGGGAGAAAAGGUCUUAGUCUCUAAGGUGCCACAAGUACUCCUGUUCUUCUUUUUUUGGUCCAAACAGAAUUCUCCCCAAGAGUGUUCUGACUCAAUACAUUUUGAGCUGUAGAGUAAGUGAUAUGAUUCAGUUGGUAUAUUAUAUGCAAAGUGUAGUUUCUUUUUGUUGUAGGAAAUUCUUAUUCCAAAGACGCUAAAGGAUUAAAUGUGAAGUUGUUUGGUGGGUUGAAAGUUGGAAAAAGAAAUGAACAAAAUUUAGAAAUCCAGACAAGUACAGAAUGACUUUGUUUUUAAUUAGCUCUAUUGCUUUUAAUUGGUACUGUGUGUGAUAUAUAACACAAAAUAAACACAUGGUUUAGUGAACAGUGGGCUGAAUCUGAAAGAAACUGAGAGGAAGGGUUGUUUCUUGCAUUUGAUAUAUUUGUAUUUCAGUGCUUCAUUUAAUAAGCCCUCAGGGGACUGAAGCAAGUAAAUCAUGGCAAGGGAUUGUUCUCAACAAACUGGCUUCUUUUUGUAAUUAGCAAGAAGCUAGAGCUGUAACUUCCUAGUAAGUGAUUUGGGUAAGGAGUUAACAUAAAAGAUUUAGUGCACAAAAUGUAAUACUUAUUGUUUGUUAACAUUUCUGUUGAUGGAAUGAAUGAGUGUGUGGAAGAUCGUGUGUGUGUGUGUAGUAACCUACAGCCACUUUUUUUGUACAAUCUUAAUAUGGGUGGAAUGUUGCAUGGAAAUUCAGUUGAGUUGCCAGAAAUAAGGUUUGAAGGUAGGGUGAAUUAGGUAAAAAGGUGAACCUCAAAAGUAGGGGAGAGGCUUGGAUGUGUUCAAAAAACAUAGCAGUUUAAACAGUAACCAUUCGCAUUAUGGUGGAAAUCAGGGGACAGCUUUCAUGGAUGGGAAUUAGGUGGUGGAGCACACCAUGAUUUCAGUUUCUACAUCAACUAUCAAGGUUGUGAGGGAACAGCCCUGCAAAUGUGAGGGUAGCAAAUGUGUGACUUAUAGGUAGGUGGCCUAAACAUCUUUCCCUCUGAUCUUUAGGUGCAUAGGGGUAAAUCUUAACCACGUGCAGAGAGCUGGCACGGAAGCCACUGAAAUGCCAAUGAAGCCCUCAAAAUAAGGCUUAAGUGGUAUUUGGUAUUUGUGUUGGCUCCCUGCGCAGGAGCGAAUUUCACCCCUUGUGAAGAACAUCCAUUGUCGCCCAUGCCUUAUUUUUCUUUUCUCCCUUAUUUUUCAGUUAUAUGAAAAAUACCGAAUAACCAUGAGUGGAGUAUUGAAAAGGAAGUAUGAUGAACUGGAGGAUGAUGCCACCUACUGCUCCUCUUCCUCCUGCUCCCCUUUCUCCUCUUCUUCAGCCUCAUCAGGUUGGGAAACAGACGAGGAAAACUCCCGAGGAGACAGCAAGCCCAGCACUGCCUUGCCCUCCAGUUUCACUCCUACAUCCAUCCUGAAGAAAACCAAGCGGUUAAAGAAGAACAAUGUGGAGUUCGACCAGGUGACUGUGUUUUACUUUCCACGCUGCCAGGGGUUCACCAGCGUGCCUAGCCGGGGUGGCUGUACCCUGGGGAUGAUGAGCAAGCACAGUUCAUCCAGGCAGUUUACGCUGGCAGAAUUUUCAAAGGAACAGGAGACCGUUCGGCGGGAGAAACUCAAGGAGCGGUUAAAAGAGGAGAAACUGGAGGCAUUGAAAUGGAAGCUGACGGUGAACGGCACGGCGGAGUCUGAGGAGGCCGGCCAGCUCACUACUGAGGACAUAUCCGACGAUGACGUGGAUGUGAGCAAUGUGGAGCUGGAGGACGGCUUCUUCCUACAGCCCUACCCUGCCAAAAAGAGACGUGCUCUGCUCAAAACCAUGGGGGUGAAGAAGAUCGACAGAGAGGAGAAACGGGAGCUGCACAGCAUCCGCCUGUCCCGUGAAGACUGCGGCUGUGACUGCCAGGAGUUCUGCGAUCCAGAGACCUGCAGCUGUAGCUUAGCAGGCAUUAAAUGUCAGAUGGAUCACACUUCAUUUCCUUGUGGCUGCACGAAAGAUGGCUGUGGAAAUACGGAAGGGAGAAUAGAAUUCAACCAGGCUAGAGUGCAAACUCACUUUAUCCACACCAUCAUGAAAUUGGAACUGGAAAAGAAUCAGCAGAGCAGUGAAAGGAAUGUAGAACCCGAAUCAUCAUUCCGGGACAGACUCCAUCAAUUUGGCUGUUCGGCAGGGAAAAACGUGUUUGAGGAAAGAGCUGUCCCACUGACUCCAGCAUUUCAGUUCAACAUGGACCUGGAGACUGUUGGGGAGAAUAGCUGUAGUAGUGAUAUGACAGACUCUUCGAUUUCAUCCAUUCAGAGCGAGGAUUCAGAAGAACAGUACGAGAGUGUCCCGUCAGAUAAGUCUCAGUCCGAUAUUGAUGAUGACGGCCUGGCAAGAAUACUCCACUUCAAUGAUUCUGACAUCGAAGACAACAGUAAUAAUUGCCAAGACAACUUGAGCUGUUUCCAUCCUGCUGACUUCUUUAGUGCUAACAUUGAAGACCAGUGUGGUACAACUGCUGAAAAACUCAGCACUGGAAACUACUCAAGCCAUUUGUCAAACAUCUCCGAAUGCCUGGAUGAAAAUGCCAAUCAGGAUGCCGGUUGUUUUCUAGACGAAACUGCUGAUACACACUGUGAUGGGCUUUCUUGCUGCAUGUCAUCCUCUGCAGAGCAGUGCUCAAAGAGCUACACAGAUCUCAGCCUUUCCUCUGACUCCUUGGAUCUUUUUCAGUCAUUUUCCGACUACAACUUGGGACCUCUUUAUAACUCGUUAAAGGAAUAUGAGAACCUUGAUAACUUUUCAGCAUUGCAGUUUCAAUUGCCUAAUUUUCCUGGCUUUCCCCAGGCAGGAGACCAGAGCACCUGUUUCCUGGAGUCUCUAAUUGGCUUGUCUGAAUCUGUCCCAGAAACCCCCGUCCCUUUCACAGACAAUCAGCUUUUAGAAGAUGCCAUUAAGUCAUCACUAAUGGAAACAGUGAAAGUUUAA